AUGGCAUCGCCUGAGUUCUUCAUCUUAUCUGAUGGGGACUCUUCUAUUGUUGAAGAGAGCUCAGUACAUGAGAGAGACACCGACAGAGACAGCAUUCGCUCGGAUGGCACUCCUUUCACCUCACCACCUAGGACACAUGAUACUUCACGACUAGGAUGGCAUAUGAAUGAUCUGAGUAGCUUGGCAGAGAAUAUCGAGAAAGCUGUUAGUUCAUCAUUUCCGAACCAAGGAGGUUCAAGAUACAAAUCAGUCCACGUUGCUAUGAUGCGCUGGGAACAUGGCGAAUGGGGAUUUGAGAGGGAACUAGAUGCACUUCGAAGAGUCUUCCAGGAUGAGUAUGGAUUCGACGCUACGACAUGGAUCAUUCCAUCGAACGAGAGCUCACAGUACGAGGUCAUGUCAAAGGCUUUGAACUUCAUCCGAGACUUUGACACAUCGGAUAAUCUGUUCAUCCUGUACUAUGCUGGUCAUGGCUUCAUCAACCGGUACCGUCAGUCGACUUGGGCGUAG